AUGGUAGACUACGCCUCUCUUGUGGCCUUCGCCAAGGAACAGCCCGCCGCCCGCAGAGCCGCGGCUGUCGUGUCUCGCCUCCGCAGCCACCUCCUCGCCGUCAGGAACGGAAAGGGUUUGGAUUUGCGGGCCACUCUAGAAGCGUUUGCCGUUGAUGAUGGCGGAGGUGGUGGUCGUCGUGUGCUACGGCAACCUCAACUUGAAGAUGCUCUCCGGGAGCUUGGUUUCAAGUGCACCGAAGACGAGAAGAGCGCUCUGUACAACCGACUAGACCUCUCGGGGGGCAACGCGGGGAUAGUUUGCACCGAUCUGGUGGCAUUCGUCGAGGGGCCCGCGGACUACGACAACGGUGUUGUUGAUACAGCAAUCGGAGCGGUGACGGUUGCUUCCCGAGACGAAGAGAGAGGGGUGGGAAAGCUGCUCCGGAGGGCGCAAGCAACCAUUGUGGAGGCUGCGCAGCGAAUGGAUAGCGACUUCGAGGCGUUCGACCGGCCGUACCUCUGCUACGACUGGCGGCGGACGGGACGCGUAGGGACGGCGGAGUUCGUCCGGUCCACCGUCCGGUGUGGCUUCCCUUUCACCCGUGCGCAGGCAGCGUUCUUGGCGGGAGUCUUCGGAGACGGCAGCGACGUAUCGUACCCGACGUUCCUCUCCUGGGCCACGCCGGGGCCGGACGGCCUCGCCGCCUCCGGAGUAGGGGGAGACCUUCGCGGCACCGGAGAAUCCGCGUCCCGCCUCCAGCGACACCCAGGAGCAGCGGCACUUUCCGCCUUGGAAGGAGGCAGGAGUGCGAGCAGGAGGGGAGGGGUAAAAGAUGAAGAGGAAGAGGCGGAGCUGAAGGUUCGCACCGCCCUCCAGAGGAUGGGCGAGGACGGCGUCGCGAGGGCGUGGGAAGAGUUCGAGAGAAUGGACCCAGGGCGAAGGCGGGGGGGGGUGCAAGAAGAGGAGCUCGUAGAGGUACUGGCGACCCUAGGCCUGCCCGUUACGGCCACAGAUGUCGCGGGUCUGAUGCGUAGAUUCACGACGGGAACCGACCCUCAGUCCAAGUCGUUCUUCUUGUACCCGCGCCUACUGCAAAACAUCGCCACCGGAGAACACGGGGGGAACAUGGGCUCAGGCCGGCCGGGGGACAUUCUUCGGAGCAUCCGGGCCGAGCUGAGAAGGCUCGUGCGCCGCACAUCAACGGCGUCAGCAGCAGCCGAUCGCGGUAGGGACGGCGACGAAGGACAACCGGGGACGCUAAGAGCUUUUGAGUCAUUCGACCGCGACGGGAGCGGCCGCGUCUCUCGCCGGGAUUUCCGCCGCGCGCUGCGAGAGCUGGGGUUCGACCGUCUGGGGGACGAGGAAGCGGCCGAAAUCUUGGACCGUUUCGACCCUCACGGAGACGGGAACAUCCGGUACGAAGACUUCCUUCGGGAGAUCGAGGAGGGCGAGGGAGACCACGUACGCCGAUCACCUUCACCUCGCGGUAGGAAAGCCUUCGACGGUGGUGGUACGAGCGGAAGGGGACGGUUGCAGGCCUCCCUCAGUCGGGCGAUCGACCGCGGGAUUGACUACCGACGCGAGAUGGAGCUCGAGGAAGAAGGGCGGUCAGCGUCGGCGGGAGGAAUGGGAAUGAAGGAGGGUGUGGUGUCACGGCAGAGCUUUCGCGCCGUCAUGAAGAGAAUCAAGGCCGACCUUUCCGAAGGAGAUCUGGCGGACCUUGAGAAACGAUUUGCGGUCAGCUCCUCGUCCUCCUCUUCCAAUGACGGCGGCCUUGUCGGCACGUUCAGCGCUAGGCAAGGGAGGGUUGCGGGGAACGCGGCGGCAGGCGUGCGGUACUUGGAGCUGCUGCACUGGGGGGCACCGGGAGGCGACUCGAGAGGCGGGGACGACGAGACAUGGGCUGCGGAAGAACGCCUCCGGCAGAUGAUCCGCCGGCGCUUUGACAUUUGGAUUCCCGGGACCCUCAAAAAGGCGUUCCGCCACUUCGACGCCCGCCGUAAGGGCAAAGUGUCGGAGCCCGACCUGUCCGAUGGUUUACGCCGCUUGGGAUUGGAGCUGGCGACACGGCAAGAACGAGGGUUGUUCAGAACUAUGGAUCUUGAUACCCAAGGCUUCUUGGUCUACCCGGAUCUAGUCGUGUUCGCUCGAGACCCCAACCACCAUGACGUACGCGACAAAGUACUUGGCCGGUUGAACAGGGUGACCGAGUCUCGAAUUCGAGGCGAGCUUGAGCGCAGGGAUCCUUCUGGUUCCGGGGUGAUUUCGGAAAAGUCCCUACGGAACAUUCUUGAAACCUUCGGCGUGGACCUCGCCGGCGCCGACUUGGGUCGCCUAAUGCACCGUUUCGACGCUCACGAGAACAUGGUGGAGUACAUGGCACGAGAGGUUGAAAAUGACGUCUGGGAGCGUGUGGCCGCGGAAAUGGCGCGCACGCAGCGCGGAACGUCGUCAGCGAGGGGUGGAUUCAUUCACGGGUUCAUCUCGGACCUUGGUCGAUUCGUUGACGGCCGCGAGGAGAUCAGCCGCCGGGAAUUGCGUAGGUCGCUCGAGCUGCAAGGUGGUGCAUCCAAGCUGAGGGAGGAGGAAAUCCUUGUUCUCUGCGACUCCCUCGACCUUGACCGUCGCGGAAGGGUGCAUCUGUCGGACGUGCGGGGCGCACUCACCCGUGGAGCGGUGGUCGCGAGAGGCAACUCCGAGGAGGAGUCCGAUAGCGACGAUUCGAGCACAGAUUCGGCGUCAACAGCGACAGCAGUCCUGGAUGAUCUUCGAGGUCUUGUCCGCGCCGCGGAGCGCGAGAGGGGUGUUGACUUGCUGGAGUCAUUCGAGCACUUUGAUCGUCGUGGACAGGGAGAGGUUUCCAAAGAUGAUUUUUGGGAAGGGUUGCAGAGUCUCGGGCUCGGACAAGACUUGUCCCGUUCGGACGUCUCACGCGUCGUGGAGUCCUUCCAGGCAAGUGCGCCUUGUGAAAUGGCCAUGGCAUUCAAUUGGUGCCAGGGAAGAGGUUGUGAGUCGUCCCUACAAGGAUAG